CGGCAGACUCUGGGAGAUCCUCGUUGAGAUCGGAGCUCUGUCUAGUUCAGGGAACUGAAGAGAAGCAGAAAGCAGUCCACCAGUCUCUCCUUUCUCCCCAAAGCUGCAUCUCUCUAGGUCCUUUUGUAUUACUGUAGUCCUUGUGUUGUGUUGUGCUGUUGAUGGGCCAGGGAUUUGGCUGCCCAGAGAAAAGCAGAAAGUCAGAGCCGGCACUAAAUCAGAGCAUGAGGAAGGCGGAAGAUGGAGAAGAGGGCAGAGAGGAAGCUGUGGAAAGAGGUGACAAGAAGCUAAGAGCGCUCUGUGGUGUGGCAGACUUAAACAAUGGAGCCAUUGGGCUGUACAAUAUGGGACUGAGCUGCUGCCUGAAUUCUCUGCUUCAGGUGUUCUUCAUGAACACACACUUCACCGUGAUACUACGAAGGAUCAAAGUGCCGACAGUAGAUACAGAACAAAAGAAGAGUGUCCCAUACCAAAUGCUCUUGCUGUUGGAACAGAUGCAGCGUAGCAAACAGAGAGCCGUGUAUCCCCAUCAACUUGUCCGCUGUCUCACUUUGCACAAUUUGAAACUGUUUGUCCAGUAUGACGCUGCUCAACUCUUCCUGAGUCUCUGGAACCUAAUUAAGAGUCAGAUCACAGACGGGCAACUGGCUGACAGGUUGACCACGCUGUACACUAUCAGGGUGCAGGAGUAUCUGGUUUGUCAGAAGUGCUCCUUUGAAACAAAGAGGGACAGCAACAUGUUAACCCUCCCACUCCCAAUGUUUAAUUCCUGUUCUCAGCGACUGAAGACACUGGAGGAUUCCCUGUGUUGCUUUUUCCAGCCUGAACUGCUGACUGACAACAACAUGUGUCUCUGUGAACACUGUGAAAGGAAAACACCAUGUCUGCAAGGCAUGAGGCUAGCAUGUCUGCCACACACCCUUACCCUUCACCUAAAGCGCUUCUACUACAGGAAAUCUUCCUGGACUCAGAAGAUUAGCUACUGUCUGCCUUUUCCACAAAGCCUUGAUUUCAACCAGAUCCUGACACAAGAGCAAUGUCACCCAGAUGCCAAAGAGAAGGCAGACUGGCAGUAUGAUCUGUUUGGUGUUGUUGCUCACUCCGGAUUAGCCAGCUUUGGUCACUAUUGCGCCUACAUUCGGAGUCUCACAGAAGGCAAAUGGUACUGCUUCAAUGAUUCCAGUGUCUGUCAGGUAUUGUGGGAUGAUGUCAAAUGUACCUAUGGAAAUUCACAUACCCACUGGGGUGAAACUGCCUAUCUCCUGGUUUACAUGAGAAAGAAUCCCCAGUAGCCUCAUCCAGGCCUGCUUCAGGGACCUGGGGGCUCUAUGUGGGCCCCACCCUAUUUAUGGAAUCUGACAGCCGUGCUCCAAGAAGACUAUCAACAAAUCCAUCAGUACAGCAGAAUAGGAGACGUGAACUCAGUUCAGCAGCGACACGUCACUGUGUAUAGUGUGUGUAUGGGGAAAUGGAAAGGUUCUGUGGGGGAAUGUGACCACCCCCUGUGUUGUCUCAGCCUCUGCCUCCUGGAACUUGAUAUAUAUCAGACAACAGAGAAGAGGAACCACUUCCCUCUCCUGCUCUCUGUCCCAUGGUGCCCACAGAGCUUGCAAACAUCCUCCCUGCCUGAAUAAUCCUCAGUCAACUUAGUAAGUGUUCAAAUCAAGACCAACAAAAGGAGAAACACAGUUGGGAUGCUCAGUCCUCAAUGCGCCACCAGGGUGGGUGGCACCAGGGUGGAAUGGUGGUUGGGGCUGGAUCACCUCAGUUAACAAGAAGUUGGAGAAUUAUCAGUCACUUUUUGUGGGGGGAGGGAGGUAAAUGACAUGCCCAAAUUGCCUUCCCCUUGAUAUGCACAUUGGAGGUUGCUGCUAUUUCAAUGCACCCCCAGCAGCAGCAAGCCGCUGUUGCGGAUGCACUGAAGCAGCAGCAACAGGGUCUGUUCCCACUCUCCCCCCCCAGCCUGCUCCUCUCACUCACCCCUGGGGUUCUCGGGCUGAAUGGGACCCCAGGGUGGGGCUUCCUGAUCUCUAGGGUGACCAGACAGCAAGUAUGAAAAAUCGGGACUAGGGGUGGGAGGUAAUAGGUGCCUUUAUAACACAAAGCCCCAAAUAUUGGGACUGACCCUAUAAAACCAGGACAUCUGGUCACCCUACUGAUCUUGAAGAUGCCCCCCUGACUUGCCCCCGGGGGUGGUCUACAAAGCAGGCAGCAGGAAGUGCUGGGGCUCCAGCAGCAGGGAAGGAGCAGCAGCCCCAUGUAGUGGG